AAAUAGCUAUCAGAAACUACAUUCUUUGUAUAUAUCUCACAGUAACUCUUAACCUAGUAGCAAACAUGAAUACCAAAACCACUUUCUUCUUUUGCUUCCUCUGCACGUUGCUUCUCAUCUCUGCUAUGGCAACUCAGCCAUCUAAACAUGCUACAAUGGAAUCCGAGACAAAAGCAGGAUUAGAUGACUGGGGAAGAGAUGGUGGAGGACCCGGAGGAGGACCCAGAGGAGGCCCCGGAGGAGGACCCGGUGGAGGCCCCGGAGGAGGACCCAGAGGAGGACCCGGAGGAGGCCCCGGUGGAGGAGGACCCAGAGGAGGCCCCGGUGGAGGACCCAGAGGAGGCCCCGGUGGAGGACCCAGAGGAGGCCCCGGUGGAGGACCCGGUGGAGGACCCAGAGGAGGCCCCGGUGGAGGACCCGGUGGAGGACCCGGAGGAGGCCCCGGUGGCGGACCCAGAGGAGGCCACGGUGGAGGCCCCGGAGGAGGCCCCGGUGGAGGACCCGGAGGAGAUUAGGGACACGGCGGAGGUUGCGGAUGUGUGGUCAAAUAGGCUGCAAAUAACACGUGUAAUCCAUGUGAUGACUACUAUGUGAAAUAAGAAAUUAGAAAUAGAAGCAUGUAAUCUAUCUGUGCUAGGGUUACCCCUCGAUCAUCAUGCAUGUACUUGAAGCACGUCUUCUCAAUAUACCACCUUUUAAAAUAAUAAUAAAAUUAAAUAAAAAAAAAAGGAGUAGGCAUCAUUUAGAAUAAA